GUUAAAAGCGGAACAGAAGCAACGUCCUACUUUUAUUUUGUAAUUAUGAUGACGCGUUUACUGACGUCUUUCCUGUGCAACUGUUGACGUUCCGGGCGCCGAUUUUUGAAAACGAGAAAGCGUUUGUUUGUAUUUUGACUCCACAACACCGGUCAACAUGGCGUCUAUCAGAGAUUAUAAUGUGGUGGAGCAGUUUAACAGCAGACUGGAGGAGAUCAGAACCAAACUUUUGGAUCAGGCUAUGGGUGAAGUGCUGAAUGACACCGCCGCAGAGCUCUGUCAACAACACCGACACUAUAUGAAAUCUGUCAUGGAAACUUGUUUUAAGAAAUGCAAGGAGGAUGAAAGAAUGUUUGACACCAUACAUGCAUACAAAGAGGAUUUAAAGGAGAAAAGUGCUGUAUUGAAAGAGAAGAAGGCAGAACAACUUGAGGUUGUGUCUGAGAUCGAAGACAAGGUUCAUCACAAAGAACUCUUAAUUCAGAGGAUUGAGAAACUCAAGAAGGAUCAGGCCAAAAACAAAGACUUGAUUCAGUCACAAAACAAAGCCAACAAGGACAGAUUGAAGAAGCUGAACAUAUGUAAGGAAGUCUUUCAGAAACAUCUGAGUCUCGAGAUCAGAAAAAUUCAAGGUGAGAAGCUUCAGUUUGUCUUCAGGAACAUCAGUCGUGAAGAUCCAGACAUGGUCCAUGCAUUCCUCCUACAGCUCGACGCAGAGGGCGUAUACCACAUUAUCUCCUGUGACCCUCCACUGGAGAAAAUGGCACAUCUUGAGCUCAGACUGCAAGAGACGAACAAUUUCUCUGCUUUCCUCGCAAAUAUCAGAAGAGAGUUUGUGGCGCUUUGCAACAGUGGAAAGAAGUGACGUUCAUUUAUUUAACAUCCAUGUCAACAGACAGAUUAUCAUCUUUUAUUAACUGCAUCAUUUGUAAAUAGUUAGUGACACUUGUUAACAUUUUGUUAAGUUUUUUGCAAUAAACAUUUAUACAUAAUAAACAUAAGAACUAAAAAAGAAAAGAAA